GCAAUGAGUGAGAGAAAAGUAGUAGGAAAAAAAUACGAAUAUCAAACAAAUGAUAAAUUAGGCUCAGGAGCAUUUGCAGAAGUUUAUUUUGGGAAAAAUAAAUUAACUUAAGAAGCUGUCGCAAUCAAAGUUAUUAAGAGAGCAGUAUUAGCUAAAUAUGGGUAUGGUGUAAAUAAAAUAAUUAAGUGAUGAAAUAUUGUAAUAAAUACAUUAGGAGGUGGAAAUAUUAUAGGAAUUAGUAGAGGCUUCUAAAACUGAUGCAUGUCCAUUUAUCAAUAGAAUUUAUGAAUGCUUAGAGACAACAAAUAAUAUUUAUAUUGUGUUAGAAUUUUGUAAUUAAGGAACUUUACUUGAUCAAAUUAAAAAAACAAAGAAAUUAGAAGAAAAUGAAGCUUUAUUCAUUUUAUUUUAAUUAUUAUAGGCACUUACAUUAUUAGCUAAAAAUAAUAUUGCACAUAGAGAUAUUAAACCAGAAAACAUUUUCAUAAAGGAUGGAGUCUAUAAAUUAGGAGAUUUUGGAUUUGCUGGUUAAAAAUCAAUGUAUUAGACUCAUUUGGGAACUUUUCCAUAUAUGGCUCCAGAAUUUUUCACAAGUGAUUAAUAUGAUUCAAAGGUGGAUGUUUGGGCAUUAGGAUUACUUAGUCAUGAAAUGCUUUUUGGAGAAAUAUAUUUUAUAGGAAAAAGUCAAUUUGAAGUUUAAUAGAAAAUUUUAACUAAGUAAUAUAUUUUGGAUGAUUAAAAAUAUGCAGUUUCUGAUGGAGUAAAAGAAUUAUUGAAAUAAAUGAUUACAAAAGAUCCUUAAUAAGUAAUUUAGAUAAUUAUAUUAAUUAGAGAAUAACAGCUAGAGAUGCAUUGAAAUUUAGUAUAUUUGAUAAAUUUAGAACAGAUCCAAGAUAUAUAACAAUAAUGGAGAAUGAGAAAUAAUUUAUGAAAUAAUUUGAUGAUGAUACAUCUUAAAAAUCAAGUUAAUAAAUAUAAAUAGAAGAGGAGGAGAGAUAAAAAAGAGAAGAAGAAGAAAAAGCAAAAUAAUUAUAAAUGUAAUUAGAUUCUUAAAAGGCUUAAUUAUUAUAAUAAGGAAUUAAAUAAAUAACUGAUGGUAUUAAAGACAAAUUAAAUGGUAUAUUGUUAAUGGUUUAAUUAUCUGAUUUUUUGAGUUAAAAUGUAAUUGAGAUUUGUCGUUUUGAAAUAUUGUAUAUUUUAAAAUAAGCAGCAAUUUUAAUUUCUUAAUUAAAAGAGAAAAUGGAUGAUAAAUAUAUUUUUGGAAAACAAGAUCAUAUUAAAUUUGAUGUAGAUUAAGAAAUUUGGAAUGUUUUUUAUACAGAUGCAAGGUAAUUUAAUUUAUUUUCUAUUUAUAGUGUAAAAUAAUUGAUUGAUGAUAUAGAAGGUGAUCGAACUUAAAUUAGAAAGAAAUAUAUAGAUUACUUAAAUUACAUCAAUAAUUUUACAAAUACAAAUUAUAGAGAAAGUAUGCAUUAUACAGAAUAAAUUACAAAUGUAAAUUUCACUAAAUUAAUUGAACAUUAAUUAUAUAAUGAAUAAUUAUAUCAAAAGAUAAAGUUCUUUAAGGAAGAUAAAGAUAAAGUUAAAGAUGAAAAUAUCAGAAAACUCAUUAAUAAAUGUUUACUUUGGAUGUAUGCAGCCUAUGAAUAUUAAAAAUUAUGUUCUGGAUAAUUAAUGGAUAUUAUGAAAUUCAUGGAAGCUUUGAACAAUGAUAAUACUGAAGAAAUGAAAAAUUGUAUAAAAUGGCCAUGAACC